GAAUCAAUGGACAGAAAGAAUCACACUGUGGUGUCUGAGUUUGUGUUCUUGGGACUUACCAAUUCUUGGGAUAUACAGCUUCUACUCUUUUUGUUCUCCUCUCUGUUCUAUGUGUCAAGCAUACUGGGAAACCUCCUAAUUGUGUUUACAGUGAUUUCUGACCCUUGUUUACACUCACCUAUGUAUUUCUUGCUGGCAAACCUCUCUUUCAUUGAUCUUGGGGUUUCUUCUGUAGCUUCCCCUAAAAUGAUAUAUGAUCUUUUCAGAAAGCGCAAAGUCAUUUCAUUCUUUGGAUGUAUCACUCAGAUGUUCUUUAUUCAUUUGAUUGGUGGUGUUGAGAUGGUGCUACUCAUAGCUAUGGCCUUUGACAGAUAUGUUGCCAUAUGUAAGCCUCUCCAUUAUCUGACCAUUAUGAAUUCAAGAAUGUGCAUUCUACUUCUAGUAGCUGCCUGGAGCAUUGGUCUUAUCCACUCUGUGGUCCAACUGGCAUUUGUUGUAAACCUACCAUUGUGUGGACCAAAUGAAUUGGAUAGUUUUUAUUGUGACCUCCCUCGGUUCAUUAAACUUGCCUGCACAGACACAUAUAGACUAGAAUUCAUGGUAACAGCCAACAGUGGCUUCAUCUCCUUGGGCGCCUUCUUCAUGUUGGUAAUUUCCUACAUCUUUAUCCUACUUACUGUUCAGAAGCAUUCUUCGGGUGGUUCUUCCAAGGCUUUUUCUACUCUGUCAGCUCACAUCACUGUAGUGGUUUUGUUUUUUGGCCCUUUGAUCUUUUUUUAUACCUGGCCAUUCCCCACAUCACACCUGGAUAAGUUUCUUGCCUUUUUUGAUGCCAUUCUUACUCCUUUUCUCAAUCCAGUCAUCUACACACUCAGAAACAAAGAGAUGAAAGUAGCAAUGAAGAAAGUGUGCAGACAGCUUGCUAAUUUCAAGAAAAUUUCUUAA